AUGAUUAAUAGCAUAGCGCCUUCAUUGGCCAGCUUUAUUGGGUUAUUAGGAUUUUCAAAUGGGUACGUUAUACCUAGAACUGAAGUGGUUCACGAUGAUACUGCGGGGGUGAUGUAUAUAUUGGAUGGCGAUGGUCAAUAUGAAGGAUUAUCAGGUCAGUUUGGGGAUGAUGAAUUAGAUAUGGAUAUUAUGAUCUUUUCACUUAUUACAAUUAUUUUCAUUUACAUCAGCAUAUGCUUCGUUUAUAUUACCAUUAGAUUUGUGGUUAAAAGAAUUUUAACUAGGAAUGCAAGGGCAACACUUUUGCAAGAUGGCGAUGAAGUUAGACGUACAAGAAGAACUAUCGAAAACCUAAAUGCUCGUUGGCCAAGUGCACUAGAUGAUGAAGAUGCCGUUAGAGAUAAACUAGCACGCUUAUCACCGGAAGAGCAGUUUUACUACAAGCAAGGUGAAGAGUACAUCAGACAAAAUCCUCCAUUAAUUAUACCUCAUGCGCUUUCUUCUCAUGACCAUGUGGAAGAUCCAGUGAUCGAUGAUGCCGCAAGGCAGUUUAUCAAUGAGGAAGGCGCAUGGGCAUGGGAAUUUCAGCCAGAUCCUAAUUUACCAAAUGAUACCAUUCUUGUGGAAAAUAAAUCCGAAAUUUCGUUUUUGAAUUACAACUACGAAGCUUCCGUAUGUACCAACUUACCGAUUCCUCGUAUCAAUAGAGUCUAUUACUGUGAAUUCAAAAUUUUUGAAUUAAAUACGCAGGACGGUAGUGGUCAUCAUUUGGGUGAGAAUGAAUUAAUUUCUUUUGGUUUAUCCACAUCCCCAUAUCCAUAUUUCCGUUUACCGGGUAAACACCACCAUUCUAUUGCAUAUGAAUCCACAGGAGCUCGCAGGUUUAACGAUUCAUUUGAAUUAGAACCUAAGUUGGCAACAUUGUUCCCUCGUCUGGAAAAGGGUGAUGUUGUUGGUAUUGGUUAUAGAUCCAAUAGUGGUACUGUCUUUUUCACCAGAAAUGGUAAAAAACUUAAAGAAGAUACAGUUGGUGGUCAUGUUAAAGGAUGGAAAUUCAAAUAUGUGUACCCUAUUGUAGGUGCUAACAUACCAUGUAAGAUCCACGUGAAUUUUGGUACGUAUGGAUUCGUCUACAUUGAAGCUAACGUCAAGAAAUGGGGGUAUGCUAAAUCCAAUGGUAUGAAGUUACCACCACCUUCCUAUGAAGAAUAUAAUCAAGAUACUCUAUUAGAGAGUGGUUGUGAAGAUGAAGUUUCUGAUAAUGAAAGUGUUUCUUCAGCCAAUGAAGGUGACAUCGUAGAUAGUCAAGGUGAAUUAUUACCCCCACCUCCAGGCUUCGAAUUUAGUACUUCACCGAACGCUCACAGCCACAUAGACCGUGAAGAAAUUACUUUAGAUUCUUUACCAAUGGAGCCACCAAGUUAUUCUGAUGAUGAACGUAGUGCUAGCAUCAACCCAAAAGUUGGUAACAGUACAUCUUCUGGGAAACACCCUCCACGACUUCAUCAUCUAGGUAAAUCUCAGUACGAUCACGUAUCAGGUGAAGAUGCACUUGAGCGUGAACGUUUAGUGGAUGAUGAAGAAUACGAUGACGAAGAUGACUACUAUGAAUACGAAGAUCUGGAGUAUGAUGAGGAGCAAGAUGAAGACGGCGAUGGAGAAGGUAGAGAACGGGCGGAAUACGAAGCCGAAGGAACUAACGGAGAAUCAAGAAAUGAAGGUUAUGGAGCUCAUGAGAAUAUUCACGAUAAUACUGUGACAAAUCAAUUCUUGCAAAAUUGA